AAAAAGGCGGGACGUCGAAUGCAUUUCGUUGCAAUCACCUGUACUAGUAAUGGAUCUCAUUGUCUGUUAACACCGAGUAGGGGACUUCAACGCUCGGUUAAACCGGCAACUCUCUAUUUGAAACAGUUUGGUGAAAGAACUAGGAAAUCGACACGAUAUUAGUAAAUUUGUCGCGGACGUUCAAGUAUCGAGUGAUUUUAAAAUAAACGUUACAAAUAUGGCUAUUCCUUUUUUAAUGAUUUUGAUAAUAACAAUAUCAUCGGCAGCAACUUUACCUGCAAACAACGAUCAACUAGAUAAGGCCACAAUUAACGACGUGAUAGUAAACACCGUUUCGGAAGAGAAGAAAAUCCAACAAAGCCAGCCAGUUUUAGCAGAAGAGGCGCCGGUGUCCACGAUUCAAAUAACAGGAAUCACUACAGGAGCCAGCUCGCCCCAGCCUGCUCCCCCAGUGGAGAAUCCCCCUUCGAACCCGCCCAGGCCGAGCUCCAUGUUCGCCAGAUUUAUCGACGAUAUAUUUCAAAUUCCAAUAACAGUUCUUCAAAACGUAGCAAGGCUGAUAACGAAUCCAUUCCAAAGAAAAUCACCAGAAAUAGUAGCUACAGUUUCAUAAUAAGUACUAAUGAUAUAAAACUAAAUAAUAGAAAUAGUAGACAUGUUUUUGUAACAAACCUCUGUUGAAUUUAGUGUACGAAUUAAUAGUAAUAUAACAGUAAAUCUUCAAUUGUUGUAUUGUUGCUAAAAGC